GAGUUAUAAAAUAAUUGUUUUAAUUUUUUGUUUGUCCUCCAAACUGUUUAUCACAGGGCUGCACUCCCACCCAUAAUGAGCCUUCCUUCAGAGACUGGGAGCAGAGUUCUUUCUCAUCCAACUCAGCCAGCUUACUAAAGAAGGGAUUGGGUUGUGACUUUCAGAGUAACCAGGCAGACUCAGUUUACAGGAUCCCCACUUCCACCCCAAUGUACAAAAUAGCGUGAGCACCCCCCACAGAGGGGUCUUGCCCCUCCAGGCCCUGCCCCCUCAACUACUGUCCCUUCGCCCAGACCCAUUGAGCGCUCAGGUGGGAUGCUCUGAAAGGUACAGGAAAGGCAAACUAGAGGACUCCAAUCCUGCCCUAUGUGGCUGCCGCGGCAGGAGGAGCCCAGCGCCCCUCCCCCACCCCGCAGUGCUUCUGCCGGGCAAAGCCCGCCAGCCAGAGGCAGCCUUUACCCCUCCCCCUUUGCAGCUACUCAAGUCGGAUGGUGUGAGCCAGGAGCCCAGAGAGUUUCCCACACUUUGGCCCCAUUCACAGUGUUAAACGGCCCACAAAGGCCAGGCGUGUGCCUCAGAGGCCGCCUGGGCUGCCAUCUGGCCCGCACUCGGGGAGGCAACCAGCCUUUCAUCCGGCUGGGAUUUAACACCAUUCAUUUCAUAUUUCCCACAACUGAAAAUUGGAUCAAAGCUGCUAGGGGGAGAGGGAGGGGGAGGGGGUUGAGGAGGGGCAGGGGAGGGGGUGGCCCUCCCCAUGGCCCACCCACCACCCUCACCUCUGGAAGGCCGGCUCUCCUAACCCACCGCGGGUGGGCGGGAGGUUGGGGUGGGAUGGAGGUUGGACCAUAUCUCCUGGCACGCGUCUCAUUUGGGUGAGGAGCUGGCUCAGGGGAAGGUACUUACUGGAAGUACAGAACACAAGCCUUAGCCAACUGUUCCCACCAGAGUGUUGGGAAGCAAGUCUGUGCCUAGAUGACCCCCAUAUCCAGGUACAGUCUUGGGUCCUUGCUGCCAGCAGCCAGGAGCAAUGGUCAGAGCAUAUAGACUCAGACUCUGUUUCCGGUUGGUGGGCUUCACGCCCUCCCUGGUCUGUUUGUAUUCCCUAGGACCUUUGAAUGCCUAAUCAGGCUCCUGAGCCCUUCCUGCAGGGCAUACAGGACAGGCACACAGGUGACCAGAUUUUCCUGCCCUCCCCACUCCCAGGAGUCCGAGAUCCACGACAUGGCUAAAUUUGACUACCAUGUGGUGUGAACUUCUUGUUGGCUGCAAACAAGAUUUCACUGAGAACCACCAGACUCCUCUUCCUUGUAGUUUGAGGGGGCUGCUUGACCACCACACAGUGCCAACCACUGCUAGAUCUCAGGGCUGUAGAAGCAGAAGCCCAGACAUACAGCCCCGAGCCUCCCUUCUGCACUUACAGGGUACCUCUGUCAGAGCUCGGGUGAGGGUUGUGGCAGGGACUAAGGGAGGUGAAUUCUGCACUUAUAUCUUGCACUGGACAGACCAUCCUGUGCUGCCUCAAAGCCAAGCCUUCCCCUCUGUCCCAGAUGCUUCCAUCCAUGGUAACCCAACAACCCCUUGUGCUAAGAGCUUCUGGAGCAAGACCUUCGGAAUAGAUCAUUUACAGCAGUGGGUCACUACCAUAGCAGGAGGGCGUUUCCCUAGUGGGCACUGUGAAGGCCCUUCAGUUCCUGAGCUCAGACAUGGCUGACAUCCAUCCAGAGAACCUGGUUUCAUUCCACACUGGCUAUUGUGCUCUGAUGCCAGCCUCCUGGUUUGGGCCUGGCUAGGUCUUAGGUUGACCCUAGGAGGAAGCACGGGGCCUUAUCUCCUCCCUCAGCCCCUGCAGAGUAUUGGGGAAAUAGUACAGGUUCCAGAUGGAGGGACGCUCCUACAUGGCCAUCCCCUAGGUGUCUAGGGUGUGACUAGUAAGGUCACCUGGUUAGGAACCACGGUUAUCAGUUCUUACAAAGAGGCCCAUCCACACUGGCACAGCAUUCAUAUGGGGGCUUAUUUUUAGGUCUCCCACCUUCUACCUGCCAACACAAAAUGCUGAAUGAAACUGGAACACACACACAGAGGCAUGCACGCGCGCGCCCGCACGAGCUGAGGGGGAUGUCAUGAGAGGAGUUAAGGGCAGCCAUGGUUUCCUAAAAGCCACGCGGGAGUAGUGAUCACGGACAGCAUGAAGGAGGCACGGUCCUCCUGUUUCAGAGAUGCAUGUGGCACCUGGUGACACAAGAGCAGUCCAGAUACCCUGUGGGUUCAGGGGUUCCUGAGGGCUUCCUAGGUAUGGGGCUUUGUGCUAGGCAUUAUCCAAAGCAAAUUCAGCUAGCCUAGAAGUACGCUUGGCAGGCUCCGCGCGUGGCCAUUUCUAGCUGCGGAGAAGUCACUCCUCUCAACUGACAGAACUGGCAAUAAAGCGCCUAAAUUCUAAAUACAUGAGUCCCUCUCUCAUCCUGUACCUGCGAAUGGCAUGGCGGCAGCAUCUGUUUGAGAGAAUGUGGCCCACUUUAACCCACUGUGCCUGUGGGCAACAGGUCCCAGCUGGGGAGGGUGCCCACUCCUCUGGAAGUCGCUGUCUGUUCAUUGUAAAACUCUCAUUUCUCUGCGCCUGUGGCCUCUGCCAGCCAGCGGUGGGGAGCCUCUGGGGAGUGGGAGGGAAGAAGGGAGAGAAGGGGGGGGGAGAGCACUCCUUCCUGCCCUCCCCACCUCCCCGCGGCCUGGGAAAAGGCAGCAUAUUGAGGCGCGGGGCUCUCAGCAUCAGGCCCCGGGAUGCUAAUGAGGGCGAGCGCGUUCCCACAGCCCGGACAUUGUGCCGCGCGGCCCACCUGCUCCUCGGGGAGCGACCAUUGUGCCCGCGCCAAUUCACAGGCAAUUUAGCGUGCGCUAAUGGGCCGGCGCCUUUGUGCGGCCGGCGCCGCCAUUGGCCGCCGAGUGUGGGAACGGCCGCGGCGCCCGGACCCCAGGCGCCGGGCCGCUGCCCGCGCCUAUAUAGGGCUGGCGUGCUGGGGUCCAGGUCGCGCCAGUCCGGGACGCCUGGCUCUGUCCGCUCCGCUCCGCUCCGCUCGCUAAUCGCCUCCAGAGCUCCAGGCAUGGCCCCAAGUACCGUGGCGGUGGAGAUGCUCAGUCCCAAGGAGAAAAACCGACUGCGGAAGCCGGUGGUGGAGAAGAUGCGUCGGGACCGCAUCAACAGCAGCAUAGAGCAGCUGAAGCUGCUGCUGGAGCAGGAGUUCGCGCGGCACCAGCCCAACUCCAAGCUGGAGAAGGCCGACAUCCUGGAGAUGGCCGUCAGCUACCUGAAACACAGCAAAGGUGAGCCCGGCGCCUGCGCCCGCCUCCUGCUCCCGGCCGAUGUGGCUCCCACCGCGCGCGCCCCACUCAUGCCGCUUCGUCUCCCCACAGCCUUCGCCGCGGCCGCCGGCCCCAAGAGCCUGCACCAGGACUACAGCGAGGGCUACUCCUGGUGCCUGCAGGAGGCGGUACAGUUCCUGACCCUGCACGCCGCCAGCGACACGCAGAUGAAGCUGCUUUACCACUUCCAGCGGCCCCCAGCUCCCGCCGCUCCUGCCAAGGAGCCCCCGGCGCCCGGAGCUGCGCCCCAACCGGCCCGCUCCUCCGCUAAGGCUGCUGCUGCUGCGGUCUCCACCUCGCGCCAACCCGCCUGCGGCCUCUGGCGGCCCUGGUGACCCAGCGGCCGACCGGUGCCUGGAGCGGACCAGAGGAUGAGCUCGUUCCUCUGGAUGUGGGAAGACAUUCCCCAGCCGCAGUUCAGCCCCAGGUUGGCCGCUACCUUCUUCCGAAGGCUCCCUCCUCCGGCUGGCUGGCCAGCAGGAGGGUCAUUCUUAGAGAAUGUGUGUGCAGAGUUGUCAUUUGGGGAUAAUCAGGGCCCACCCUCUGCCGCCCGUCCGACCCCGUGGGGUUGUUUUGUGUUUGCAUUUCAGCAAGUGACUUCUGCGAAGUUCCUGGUCACCACCGGGGGUUCUAUGAUAUUUGUAGAGUCGGGGGUUGGCUCACCCCAGCCCGUAGAGGACUUUCUUCAGGGCCCGUUGCUGCUGGGCAAGCACCCUGCAGGCGGGCUGUGCCCUGGGCACAUUUGCCUUUUGUGAAGGCGGAACUGCAGGUGUUUCCUCAUAGGAAAGCACUCAGCCUGCGUGGGCGUAGGGCCCAUGGGGCCUCACCUCAAGGUCCACAUGGCCUUGGCUGUCUGAUGCGCGCUCACAGUGGGCUGUCUGGGAGGGUGGGGUCUCCACGAUGAUCCUUAAAGGAUUCCUUUGUAUGGGUGGGUGCAUGUGGGCACGAUUUUGUACUUAGAAUUUGAACUCUUGGUCAUGUGGGAGAACACAGGCUGUUCUGAAGGCUUCUAAUAAAAUAUCAAGCCCUCCA